CAUGAUUUAUUAUUAUUCAAUUAUUCAAUCCGAAGGAACGAAGUAUGCAUUUUUUAAAGAAGAUUGUAACCUUGGUGACAUAUCUUCGUAUCCGAAUUCUCCAAGCAUUUCCUUUUGUGUAGAGAAGUGUAGCUUGAAUGAAAAUUGUACUACUGUGGUUGUAGGUUUUCGAAUAGGUGGUGGAAUAACUUGCUUUUUAAAAUCUCAUUGCGUAUAUCCUCUUAGAAACUAUACUGGAGUUGACUUUACUGAAAUACAUUCCAUUAUUGCAAGAGACAAUGAACUAUCGGUUUGCGGUAUUGAAAAUGCGUUUGUUACUCAUUUGCGAGAAUGUAUAGAAUUUUUGUGGAAAACUUAUACCAAUUGUUCAAUGAGAGGACUCGGAUUAAUGGCAAAUAUUAACCGCUGGAUGGGUUUAUAUAGUUUAAGGCAAAUCAAAAAGGAAAUGAUGGAAAUUAGUCAAAAUUCUACUCAUUUUAGUCAACCUUGGUCUAGAAAAGGACAAAAAUUCAUUAGAACUUUAUGCUACGGACGUCAAUCUUCGGGAAAAUAUAACAUAGCUUUUAAUAAAACAAUACAAACGCUUAAUUUCGUUAUUUCUGAUCCAGUCCAUAUUUGGAAUACUGAUCAUUUAGUUGAUGGUAUUUUGAACUUUAAUCCGAAUGCAGGUGGUUGUAGCCAAAUGACAUUCAACGGACAAAUGAUGAAUCGGUUUUCUAUUGAUAUAAAAGAAGAAUAUUUAAUUGAAACAAUUUUACUAUAUCCAUCAAAGAUCUUAGAAUCUUCUAUAGAAUUGAACAUUUAUAUCUCGUCUUCUGGAAUUGAAGAUAAUUUUUACGAGGCAGGGGAAGGCUUUUUCUCAUGCGCCCUAUUACAAAUCAUUCAACCAUCAAUUGAAGUGAAAGUAAUUAAUUGCGAAGAUGAUACUAGACCGGGAAGAUUUGUUAUUUUUGAUUUAAUAUUCCCUCAAACAAUUACUAUAUGCGAAAUUGAAGUCUAUACAGCUCUGUUUUUCAACUUUCAAGCUGAUUUAGCUCUCGGUGGAGAAUCGUUCUCUUCCAGUGCACUUUCCUAUAGUUACUUAGCUGUACAAGAAAAAUUUCCUGUUCAUGUCGGCUUUAAUUCAAGACUUGAAACUUUGGCGUGGUUUAGUGUAUAUUUACACGGAAAGUAUCUUAUUUACGGAUUAGAUAUCUUUAAAUUAGAGGCGUCUCUUUUUUCUAACGAUAUCGACAACAUUGCCUACGGAAAACCUGUCUGGAGACAUUCAGCUCUAGAUUCUUCAACAGUGAACGAUCACUACGCUUAUUAUACAACUGAUGGAUUUAAUGGACCAAAUUAUACUUCAACUAAAUUAUCAGACAAACCCUGUUGGAUUAUGAUUGAUUUAUUGAAUAUAUACAGAGUUGAGUAUAUAGAUAAGGAUUCAAUGGAUAAAUAUAAGGUUAUUCAAAAAUCUGAUUGCAUAACCAAUGAUUAUCUUAAUCAGAGUAAUUUGGGGAAAACUGUAAUAUGGAAUUGUUCUCUAUCAUUUACAUAUGGUAGAUAUAUUUUCGUUCAAAACAAAGCAGAUGGCGUUAGUAGGUUGAUCAUAAAUGAAUUAUACGCUUUUGGAACUUUACUCAAAGAUAACAAGGAUUUUAUGUAUGAAAUUCCAUUCUUGGACGCAUCUUCUAACAUUAAACAUAUACCUUCAUUGAAUUCUCCUUUAAAUAUAAUUGAUAAUGAUUUUAAUAAUAUACCAUCGUCACCUUCCUGUUCAACACUUGAUUCUGUUGAGAAGAAAGAAUUCUUUAUCAAUCUGUUGAGCUAUCAUUACGUAUACGAUGUUAUUAUUCAACCAAAACUUUCUAAUGACGGUUUUUAUAUACAAAAUAUGAACGUAUUCGUUCAAAAUUCAACAGAACAAAUUAAAAGGCCUUGUGGAUUUUUUGUGUCGGGUUUGGAGGAUACUGGAGCUAUUAUUAAUAUUAAUUGCGUUGAACCGUUACUAGGCAACCAAAUCAUUCUGAUUGGAGAUAACAAAGAGAAACAUUUUAGUAUUUGUGAGGUUAAAGCUUUUGGAGAAGUUUUUCAAGGUAAAAAUGAACGUCUAACUUAUUGUGUUUUGGGGAGAUUUCAUUCCAUGUUUAGUAUUAGGUUAAACUUGCAAUUUUAUAUAAAUUUCUUUCAAAAAGCAGUUAGCCAAUCGCAAUGA